CCUCCAUAAACACUGGUUUAGGACUCGUUCGCCCCGUUGAGGCCCCGGCACCCCCGCCAUGGAGGCCCCGGCGGAUCCCGGGCCCCACGCCUCGGCCGCGGCCGCCAGCGCGGCGCCCCUGCGCGCCCCGGAGGUGGCGCGGCUCCGCGAGGAGCAGGAAAAGGUGGUCACUAACUGCCAAGAGAAAAUCCAGCAUUGGAAGAAGGUAGAUAGUGACUAUAAUGCCCUUCAAGAAAGACUCAGUACUUUGCCUGAUAAAUUGUCUUAUAAUAUCAUGGUACCACUUGGCCCCUUUGCCUUCAUGCCAGGAAAACUUGUCCACACCAAUGAAGUCACUGUUUUACUUGGGGACAAUUGGUUUGCAAAGUGUUCGGCAAAGCAGGCUGUGGGCUUAGUUGAGCACCGGAAAGAACAUGUGAGAAAAACAAUAGAUGAUUUAAAAAGAGUGAUGAAAAAUUUUGAAUCCAGAGUGGAAUUCACUGAAGAUUUGCAGAAGAUGAGUGAUGCUGCGGGUGAUAUAGUUGAUAUAAGAGAAGAAAUAAAAAGUGACUUUGAAUAUAAAGCAAAAAAUCGAAUUGCUCAUAAACCUCACUCCAAACCAAAAACUUCAGAUAUUUUUGAAGCAGAUUUUACAAAUGAUGUAAAAUCCAAGGAUUUGCUUGCUGAUAAGGAACUGUGGGAUCGACUUGAAGAACUGGAGCGACAAGAAGAAUUGCUGGGUGAACUUGAUAGUAAACCUGAUACUGUGAUUACAAAUGGAGAUGAUACAACAUCUUCUGAGGAGGAAAAGGAAGAUCAGAACAUAAAUGUGAAUGUGAUGCAUCCAGUAACAGACUCUCUGACACCUAAUAGUUGUAAGAAUGUCACAAAUUCAGAACUGUUCAAUGGUCGACUGAAUGGUCAGUUGAACUGUUCAAUGAAUGGGACGCAUUCUUACCACAGUCAUGAAGAAGAAGAAAAGGAAGAAGAUGAUGACAAUGAUGACCAUGAAAACGGCCAUGAUGAUUUAGGGUUUGGAGAUGACUCUAUCCCAACAAUAUAUUUUUCUCAUACUAUUGAACCUAAGAGGGUCCGAAUAAAUACUGGAAAAAAUACCACUUUAAAAUUCAGUGAAAAGAAAGAAGAAGCCAAACGUAAACGAAAGAACAGCUCUGGCAGUAGCCAUGCUGCCCAAGAGCUGCCUACCAUUAGGACGCCUGCUGACAUUUAUAGAGUCUUUGUUGAUGUGGUGAAUGGAGAGUAUGUCCCUCGUAAGUCAAUCCUGAAGUCUCGCAGCAGAGAGAACAGCGUGUGCAGUGACACCAGCGAGAGCAGUGCUGCUGACUUCGACGACAGGCGGGGGCUUGUGCGCAGUGUCAGCUGUGAUGAGGCCGUGUGCAGUGACGCUGGCGAGAGCAUUUUGGAAGAGGAACAACAAAAUCAUCAAAAGAAACUUUUACCCUUAUCUGGAGCACCUGAGGCUUUUUCUGGAACUGUAAUAGAAAAAGAAUUUUUAUCACCCUCCUUAACACCACACCCCGCCAUGGCUCAUCCUGUGCUGCCCACCAUUCCAGAACGAAAAGAAGUUCUGUCGGAAGUGUCAGAAGAAACUACAAAGAGGGUUUCAAAGUUCAAAGCUGCUAGAUUGCAGCAAAAAAACUAGGCACUGUCUAGGAAAUGGGAGUUUACAUUCUAAAACCGAGUUUUGCAUUUGUUUAGAAUAUAUAUAGCAAAAUAUGUUGUAGGUAGUUUGAAAUGAGGCAUCCUGCAUUAAUUUGUCAACAAGUUCUCUUACCCUUAUCAGUGGUAUUUAAAAAAAAAUCAAAGUAAAUGUUUGAAUAUUUCAAGAUACUAUUUGUUUUGUUAAUUCUCUGAAUACUGUCAACUUUUUUGUCUAAGUGUGCCCUAUGAUGUAGUGGCAGCAUUUCGGAUUAUUUUUUAAAGAUUACUGUUCUUAUGCAUUGUUUUUGUGUUUUGAACUAAAUACAGGCAGGUUUAUGCCAGCUGUGAUGUUGUGCAUACCAUAUGGACCAUUUUAAAGAAACUUUUAAAUUUCAAGUAGAUUCCACAAUUAUAUUACUUGCUUUAGCAUUUGAAAGGCACUUUAAAAAAAAUCUACUUCUUGUAGGUUUUGCAACUAGGUGGCUAUUUAAAAAACUCUCCCUUCUGUCAUUCUAUAAUCUCUGAGGCCUGAAGCUAUGUGUACCCUAUGGGAAAGUUUCUUUGAUUGGAAGAAUGGUAUUUUGUAAAACAUUUUUUUUUUCAAGUAAAAAUUUUAUGAAACUUGGUCUC